GAAAUGUCAAAAACGUCAUCGAUCGGCGUCCCGACAAUAAAAUGGCGGCCGCAGAAAUACAAGUUGUAAAUCAAUCAAAUUUAGCGAAAAUAGAAAGUUUCCUCAAUGAUCCAAGCUACAAGGAGAUCAUUGAGAACUCUUCAACAUUCAAUUCGCGACUAUGCGCCGAACGGAGAAUGCGGAUGCCUUUUAUCGACACCCAAACGGGUGUUGCACAGAGCCACUCCAAUUUAUUUAUGACGAGAAAACAGAGAAUGCCUGGCGCAAGAGAGGGACAAGUCUACACAUAUCCAGCGCAGAGGUGGAGGAAAACGCGCAGACAAUACCUAACUAUGUCUUCUGCAAGAUGGGGCUGGAACAUAUCUGAUGCUGCAGAGAACACUGGUGAUGGAGAAAAUAGCUCCGGACUCCCUGAUGGACUAGUUGGUGAUGAGAGCAGGGACGGAUCUCAGAGUGCAGUCAAAGAUGACCCUAAGGAAUGGUUCUAUGAUGAGCUAGCAAUGGAAGAAAUGGAAACUGGGGAAGAACCAGAUCCGGAAUCUGAUGAGGAUUACUACGACGACACCUACGCGAACAGACGCAGGCGACGCGGCGCCGCGCCCACGGGUCCAGGGUCGCGCGGGGGCAGAACCAGGAAGUCACAGCCUGAUGAUACUCCGGUUAAGAGGGGGAGAGCGGGUCGUGGUCGCAAACGCGCAGGCGCGGCGACCCUCCUGCCCUACGAAGUAGCCGGCGACGCGGAGAAGCCCUUCGGAUGCGAACUAUGUGGAGCAAAGUACAAAACUCGCGCGGGUCUGAUCUACCACUUCAACCACACGCACAAAGACGGCGCGACGACCAGCACGCCGACGGCCGCGGGUAGCGACAACGACUCGCGCGACAGUCGCGCCGCGCACUCGCCGCCCGCGCCGCCGCAACCCGCCACCGAGUAUCAGGACAGCUAUGUGACAUUUCUGAACAACCCUGCCGUCGGAGCAGCUACGGCGGCAGCGCAAACCCCGACCCCGCCCGUGCGCAGACCAUCCCCGCCUCCGCGACCUGCGUCCGCGGACACGUCGUCAUCGGACUCUGCGCACGCGCCGCUCGUGCCGCCCGGCACCGCCGCGGCCGCCGCAGCGGUUGUCGUGCCCACCACCAGCACUGCGCCCGAGCUGAUGAAAGAGCCCGACACCAAGGCAUCGCCGUCGCCGUACUGCGACUUUUGCCUCGGCGACGAUCGCGAGAACAAAAAAACCGGCACGCCCGAAGAGUUAGUGAGCUGUUCCGACUGCGGACGAUCAGGUCACCCGACGUGCCUGCAGUUCACCGUGAACAUGAUAGUGUCGGUGCGCAAGUAUCGCUGGCAGUGCAUAGAGUGCAAGUGCUGUUCCGUGUGCGGCACCAGCGAUAACGACGACCAGCUGCUGUUCUGCGACGACUGCGACCGCGGCUACCACAUGUACUGCCUGGCGCCGCCGCUCGACACGCCGCCCGAGGGCUCCUGGUCCUGCGCUCUGUGCAUCAAGGAGUUCCACUGAACGAGAUGAAAAUGAAAAUUGUAAUUGCUGUUUCACAUACGUACGACCUAACCCGGCGUCUGUCUUACGUGAGUGUAUAGACGAUGUUGCCAUAGAUUAUAGAGUUAAUAGCUUAUGUCGAAUGUGGACUUAUAAGAAUUUUUUACUAUUUUUUUUGGUGAGUUUUAAAUGAGAUUCUUAUUUUUACGUGUAAUUCUAUCUCUGACUUCAAUCAUAAAUAAAGACAAGGUUUUCGGCAUAUAAAUAAUAUUUUAAAUCAUUAGCUAAGUAGACGACAAGCAGUGAAAGACAAAGCAUAGAAAUAUUUCGUACGUAUUAUAACGUAACGAAAUCUCUGCCGUCGUAGGUGUGCGCCUACCGCACGCAUCUUCAUUUUGUUUGUAGAUUCGUAUCUGUCACUUUUAGUCGGCCAACCAGGACUGUGUCGCAUGACACAGAUGAGAAUCAAAUAAGUGAGUUUGAGCCCCCUAUUUUUAUUCAAAAAUACAAUUGUCAGCAACGCGCCUUCUAUGCUUUAUCGUUCACUGAUAAUAACUAAAAGUUAAGCAUUCCUUACAAUGAAAGGGCAGAUAUACUUUUAUUCCUGUUUAUUUAAACAAAAAUAUACUAGAACUGACUUCGCAAAAAUACUUAUAGUAGAGAAAAUCUGUCUGCAAAAUUUCAAGUCUUUAGACUCAGCGGUUUGAGGUAUUUGUUGAUGUCAGUCAGUCACUUUUUUCUUUUAUAAACGUAGGUAUAGCUAACUAUAAGUCCACAUUCGACGCUUUAUAAUAAUUAUUAUUGUAUUAAAAGUUUAGGAUACUUACUCAAAUUGUAUGGAAAAGUAUGAACACUUCUAUCUAUGUAUAGUUCUUUCUACCUCUACCGGUGCUUGCUUUAGCUGUCUUUUUGUUUUCAAAAUUCGCGAAAACUGUAGGCUUAGUACGUGUUUCACCAAUUCGAUAACGGUCAAGAUUUCGAUUGACGAAACAAAAUCACGUAACAACUUACAUAAGUAAAUCAAUGUGUAAAUUAGACCUAACAUUUUACUGUAUCAUCUUUAUUGUUCUUUACAAAAAAUCAUAUUUGAACAAAACUUAGUAAGUACACCAAAUUAUGUUUUAAUAUUUUGACCAAGUUACAUUCAAUGUUAGAUAGAAAUCGUGUGUAAAAAUAAUUAAUCUAUAUAUUUAAAACUUUAUUUUUCACUAAAAUCUGAAAAAUAAUUAAUCUUAGACUUGUAUUUUUUUUUACUCAAAAUUACUAUUAAGCAUUCCAGAUCGAAGUACUAAUAGAAUUAAAAUUAUGAUUUUGACGAUUCAAAGCACCAUCAAUUAAUGUGCCUCUGCAUAUUUUACAAUUAAAAUAUCUGAAUUAAAACUGUGCAUCCCGAAUAGUGAAACAUUGACUAAUUGACCAAUAGCGAGGCCAUUCGAACAAUAUUUCAGCGCCGGAGUUUCGAUGCUCAAUAUUCCUAUUCCGCCGUUCCGGAGUUUCGAAAUUUAGUUUAAAAAACCUAAAAAAAUUAAUAUUGUAUCAGUUUUAGAACUUAAAAUUUAAUUAGCAAACUGUGGACCCAUAGUAAUUAUAGAACCAAGCGAAACAAAAUCAGUAGGAAGUGAUUAUUAAUAGGCUAUCCUAACGAUGAAAUACCGUAUAGGUAUAUAAUAAAAUUACAACCACUUAAAAUUAAGAAAGAAUAUACGAAAAAUCAGACAUUACUCUAUUUUAAAAUGUAUGUGCUGAAGAAGCCCGCUCCACUUUAAUUUUUCUUAAAAUCGGAACUCCGGUUAUGUUCGCUACAACUCUGGUUUUACAAACGAUUUUACAUAAAACCUUCACGACAUGGGGAUGCUCUUUAAAUGAUUUUAUUGCGUUUUUUAUGAAUUGUUUAAGCUACGCUUCUACUUCUAGGAUCAAAACAUUAAUGUUUCUAUACCUGAUUGUGAAUAUUGUAAAAUAAGUACUUUAUUAACAUCUACUAAUUAAGAUGCAUCGUCAUGGAAUUUCAUACUACUUUUCUUCCUCGAAUGUGGAUCAUUCGAAACUAUCUAAUCUUUUAAAUAAAAUAGGAAAAAGUUUCUGUCAUUUCAUUAGGUUUGAAAAGUUUCUUUUUACGCGGCGACAUUUUUACGUACAGUUCAGUUGCUUUGAAUCUAAAACUAUGCCACAUAUCGAUUCAUCUCUCCAUUAUCUAUGUCUGAAAACAAUAAUGAUCAUAAAAUUUUGAAAGUUAUGACUUCGAAACAUCUCUAUUUUAAACCCAAGUUUGAGACAACUUCAUGCGUAAAAAAAACUACAAAAUGGCAAUGGCAAUGGCAAAACUACAAAAUGACAAAUAUCUCGCUCUAAAAAUAUGUCUGCCAUAAAGAUUGCAAUUUGCAUGCCCUCACGCUCGACUUGGAGUAACCUUGGAGGGCAUUGUAUGAAACUCUUAAGAGUGCAAACAUAAAACUGAACGCUUUUUUUGAACUUUGUCAGAUUUCUGAACCAAACAAACUCCUUAUUUAUUUUAUUGCACUCGAAGAAGCAAAUUAGAAUGAGACUCUGACGAUGCUAAGCAAACAUAGAUUUUACAAUGUAUGACGUAAUAACACAGCUUAGCAAUCAUACAGUUCAGAAACGAAGUUGCGGCUUGCGAAACACAAAGUCUGAUUAUUAUUAUUAUCUGUCAACUGACCACUCAUAGUACUCAUGGUAUAAGACACACAUCUCAAAAAGUUUUGUGAAGUUUGUAUAUGUUCCGUAGAAAAAGCGUUUAUCUUUCUGCUUCCUAAAAAUGCGAGCACAAAUCAUUUAAUUUGCCCAUUUUUCCAAAUAUUUCACAACAAUCAAACGAAUGUGCCUAUUUCAUGUCAAUAUUACAACUUUCCGCUUUGAAGCGGCUAUUGUGUGACAUCACUGCUAUCUUAGGAAACUAGAGUCUUAAUAGUGACUAGUAAUAAUAGUGACUAGAGACAUUUUGGUCAAUGAUAUUUUCUCAACUCAAAUUUUUCGUUUCCGAACAGUAUGAUCGCUAAACUGUGGCAGUAGCUUAUGGCCGUGUACAUAAAAUAUGCUUGAGCAUCACUUCGUUUGGUGUAACUUUUAGCAGAUACUUAUUUUGUAAACUACUAACAUUAAUGUAAACUCUCGAUUUAGAUGUCCCUUUGGGAAAAUUGUUGUAAUUAGAAUUAAGGGAAAACGAUUGGCCUAUGAUUGAAUACAAAAGAGAGGGAUUAAACUAUGGGCCUGUUUUGUGUGACUUCGGCCGUGGUUAGUUACCAACCUGCCAAGUAAUUUGGUAUUCUGAUACAUGACCCAUAGAAGAGUAUGCAUUAUUACGUACGAAUAUUCAAAUUGUGUAACCUUUCCUGCCGGGUACUGUAAGACUUGCUACGAAUCAUAGUUUUGUUCCUCUCUGCUGUAAAGGCCUCUUCACAUUAUAAUACCUCAAUAAAGAGAAAUGCCAGUCUAUUAACGAGUUCGCGCUGCCACAAGAAAUAAUGUGAAGGAGCCCUAAAGGCGUCAGCUUGCGUUCAUAUUCUAGGUAUCCAUGUUACUGUAGUAACUUUAUUUUUGUAUAAAUUUUUUUCUAUCGGCUUGAUUAAAUAUAUAAGUUGUCAAUUUUACAAAUCAACAAAUGCUCGUAAGUUUUCUAAAAUAUCAUGUCAUGUCUAGUUUAACUUUGAAAAUGCAAUGAUUGGAUAUCGGUCAUAUCGGUGGAAAUAAGUUUUACUCGCGUAGCUUACAUGAUCAACUUACUACUUUACUGUAAACACUCUUUAAAGUAGAAACUACACUUUCACCUUACGCGCAUUUGAGAUUUGUAAAGAUCAGUAUGUUCUGUGGGAAGCAUAUUAUUUAGUAGACUAAUUCAAAUUUUCAAAAGAAAAAAAAGGGUCUACAUUAUCGAUUGCGAUUUUCCUAAUUUGGGUCGGUAAUGUUACAGAUAAAAAAGCCGUGAUAGUAUGGUAGCUAAGCCGUCCUCAUCCAGAUUUGGGGUCGGGGGUUCAAUCCAGGAAACGCAAACUUUUGGGAGUUAUGUGCGUUUUAAGCGAUUAAAUCUUAGCGGUGAAGGAAAACAUCGUGAGGAAACCUGCAUGCCUGUGAGUUCUCCAUAAUAUUCUCAGUAUAAUAUAUCUUCAAUAAUAUUUGGUGUGCUGUCUGCCAAUCAGCACUUGGCCAGCGUAGAGGACUAUGGCCUAAACUCUGAGGGCAGACCCGUGCUCAGUAGUUGAUGGGAUGAUUCGCCUUUUGCGUUAGUAAUUUGCUUGUAUGAGUUGAUUCAUACGCAUCACGGAACCCCUAUCUUCAAAGAAUCGCUUAAAAGUUGUAGGCUAUGUUAGAUAACGCAAAUCAGAACAAAUGAUUGGGUAUACAGUGUAAUCUGCUUUGCAUAGAACUGAGGGUAGAUGUAAAAAAUUCUAGUAAGUAAAGCUGUGAUCAGACUAGGAGGUUGUGAUGGAUUUAUCGUGGGUUUACACUUUUUUAUCAUUUUUUAAUUCUAAGUUCUUUUUAGUGUAGCGAGAAUCCGAAUUUUGCUUUAAAGGUUUCGAACAAAUUACAUAAUAAUUAUAUUCCUGCCAGUCUCGAAAGCAUCUGUAUUAUUUUAAGUACCGUUUUGUAAUUAUUAUCGCAGUCUGGCCGUACGUUACACCGAAGUGUGAUCUAAAAAUUCAAUAAACUGUUUUUUGCUGUCUUAAUUCUUGUGAAAAAAAUGUCUAUACUUACAAUUUCUGUUUGAUGCCUAAACAUUUGAAUGGCUGGAAAUAUUGCAAAGAGCUAAAAGUUCGGGUGCAAUAUUUCUUGCCGGAUACUACAAUAGUUACAAAAUUGAACGUAUACAAAUUACCAAUUGCUGAUCCUACAAUACAAGACGCGUGAAAGAAAUGAGAAUAAUUCAGUGUGUACUAUAAUUUUUGAUUACCGUUAGAUUCUGUAUGAGUAUUUGCAUUGUUACGCAACGGUGUGACGUACGGCCAUGUUCGCGUUCGCUCGUGCUCGUUGCGCCCACUCUUUCCAGUACUUUAAUCGAAGUUGUUAGUUUUAAAUUGUAAAUUAAGAUUUCCAACCUGUAUUGUGUCAUAACUAUAAGUGUGGUGACUUAACAAAUAAAUGUUAAAAUUAU